CCACAAUAUUUAUUAUUGUUGAAUUUUGGACGUCGCACUAAUGCUUAAAUAAAAUUUCCAUAACGCUCUAUGAUAGAUCUCAAAAACAAUAAUGCUUAGAGAUUAUGUGAAGGGGGCGAUAUGGGACCUUUAUGUUGCCAACUCGAGCAGCCAUGACAAUUUGGCCACCCAUCAGUCUCUCGUUCCACUUCAAGGCGGAUUAAUUUGCCUGCAAAUAUGUUUGUACCGUUGCAGAAACAUAUGACACACAGCAAUGGCAAGUUAACCGAACCAUGAUGUACUCCCUCUCCACUUCCAACAGAAAAACUCCAACCAGUUAGUACCUUUCCAGACGGUGUCAGAUUUGCAACCGUCUCCGACUGGUCGGUAAAGCUCAAAAGAAGUCGAGUCAAGUUUCAAACCCGGUCCCAACCGAUCCGGAGGUCACAAGUGCUGCAGGAUGAAACGACGGAUGCGGUUACUGGUGUUCAUUGUUCCCGUAUCGGUGCUGCUAUUGGCUGGCAGUGGGCCGCACCCGGUGACAGCCGAUUUCAUUCAGAAUCUCACCAACGGAGUUCGGAUGGCGGGAAAGCUGUUCGGUAUAGAUACGAUAUCGGACGUAGCGGACCUGGUAGCGAAAGGUUUUUCACAGCCAGGAUUCACGUCGAAACCGGAAGCCAGCGCUCCUACACAGCAACAGGCAGCAAAUAUGAUGGGGCUCAUGUGGAAAAUGCUUGGAAUGGAUGGCAGCAAAUUGGGAGCUUUGGUGAUGAAUGCAUUGAUUUUUGUUGCCCAUGUGAUUGCUACCAAUCUUGGAACAUUUCGAAAACCAACUUCGAAUCAAAUUUCUAAGGAGGACGUUCCAAAACCAGACGAUUCAACAAUACUGCAGUCGGAAUCUCCGCUUGAAUGGCUACAGAACAAUCCCUCGAAGCAAUUCCGGUCGAUGCUGGGGCCAAUCCGUGAGGGCAACAUUACUGACUACCUCGAGAUGGACCUGCAAAACCUAGAGCACGCUGUACCCGAGGAUGUGGGUUGUAUUAAGCUAUUGAUGUGUAAAUUGAGACCUUUCAUAUGGAAAAUGCAAGAUGUUGUUCGACAGCAAUUUGCCGGCAACGCAGAGAAUUCACCGGAACCAGCGGAUGAAUCGAAAAAUAUUUUGGAGACAAUCUCUAAAAGUGUUCCAAAUAUGAAGGAGUUUCAAGAGAACGCGGCCAGGUGUGAAACAAAUUUCAAGCAUUGUGUGAGCUCUUUGGACAAAGCAUAAAAAUUAUGAAUUACGCUACCACUGAUGUGACUGUUAUUAGAAAGUUACCUUAUGUGUUGAAAACUGUUCUGCACUGUUUACUUUGGAAAGAAAAAAAUCUCACCGUGGUAAGUAUAAUUAAAAGGCUAAACUGGCGAAAUAAUUUUGUUAUAAAAG